AUGAUAUUCAGGGAAUGCUACAGCCCCGAAGAAAUCAUGGAUAUUGACAGAUUUAUCAGAGAGUUAAAAAGAACAAACAAGAUGGUAUUCACCGAAGAGAUAAAAAAUAAGUUACGCUUGGAAAUGAGAAUUGAUGAUCCAAAAUAUGCGGAAAAUAUCUUGGAAUACAUGACAUAUGAUGAAAAGUUUAACAGACCAUUAGCAUUUGAAGAGUUACUCUUUACCAUUUGUGACAUACCUGAAAACAUUCUCUACUCUGGCGAUUUACGUUCAAGGAAACCAAGUGAUAUUUAUGAACUUAUUGAUGAGAUUGAGAAUUUGAAAACGAGAUACGAUACCACUAAGAUUAUAAAUGUGGUGUCAAAGAGAAAAAAUUCCAAACCUGUGAAAUGUUACAGAUGUGAGAAAUAUGGACAUUUUGCUGUGGCUUGCAAGAGAAAAAACCAAUACAAUCAGUUCAAUAAUCAUAAUCACAGAAUCAACAAAAGUUUUGAUGUGGGAAAGAAUCGGAACAGACAGAGUCAAAGAUAUAAUCAACAAGAAGGGAAUAUAAACAAUCAAAACAGAAGUUUCUACAGAAAUAACCAAGGAAACGCUUAUCAGAACAACAGUCUAAGAGGGAUGCUGCUAAGGCUACCAUGGAAAUAUUCGCAAAAAUCAAAACACAACACACGAUAA